AUGUCCUUGAAAGCCGACAGGUCUGAUGGCAGCCGACUCUCCCCAGAACCAUGGAGGUCCUCGGAUCCUUGGGGUCUAAAGCCGCCGAAGCCUGGCCCGCCACCGGGAGCUUAUCCGCCGUCGCCAACCUCUGGAGAUUCUCAGACCACAUUACCUCAGUCGUUAUCUGCUGCUGUUAGGGCCCGGAAGAGUGAGUAUGUACGCAAGAGGUCGAUGAAAAUCAAGAUUGGUAGUUGGAACGUCGCGUCGAUUAGUGGUACGGAGAAGGACCUAGGCGCCUGGUUUGUCGGGGGUCAUGGAGUGAGGGGUCUCUCCCAAGAUUUGUCCGGCGAAUCCCUUCAUGGUGAUCAUGACGACGACGAUGAUUCUGACAGUGACGAGCAAAUCGAGUCAAUCGAAUCUCAGGAAGCUCGCGUAAGGACGACGAAAAAGAAGACUACACUGCCGAAAAAUGAUGUGCCAGGCGAGUCCCACGAUGAUCAGAUUGACCUAUACGUUCUGGGCCUACAGGAGGUCCUUGAUUUAUCUUCUAUGGCCGAAGCAAUUCGGCCCUACACUGAUCCCAAUCCUGGCAAAAAGUGGAAACGAGCCUUGAAACGAGCUCUUCCUCGUGGUUAUAAAAAAGUGGCAGAGGAGCAGCUUCUUGGGCUACUUCUCCUGAUCUACGCCUCGCCCGAAUUAGCCGAAUCUCUCGGCUCAGUGAGCACAACGUCGGUCGGAACUGGGCUGAUGGGUUAUCUCGGUAAUAAAGGUGCAGUCUCGGCUAGGCUCGUGGUGGCUGAGGCGACGCGGCUAUGCUUUGUCAACUGCCAUCUUGCUGCUGGAGCAGAUCAGACCGCCUUGAACCGCCGGUUAUGGGACACGACUCAGAUUCUCAAUCGCACUCGAUUUACACCCGUCAACAUAGAGGGAGAGGGCUCUGAGGGAGGAGAGGAAAAAAUUGGCGACGAGGAUCUCGCGUUCUGGUUCGGUGAUUUGAACUAUCGUCUAGAUGACAUUCCAGGGGAAGACGUCCGGAGGUUGUUAUUACUACACACUCGAAACGAGUAUGAUCUGCAGAAUGAGUCCAAGCGACGGAUAGACAGCGAGUUAGGCUACGUCAAACCUCCUUCAGGCGACGAGCCGACUCAGCCGUCUACCCACUACGAGAUAACUGAUGCUGAGAGACCUGCAUCAGCGAGUGACGCCGAUCCUCCACUCGAUCCCAAAUCCGACCCGGCCUCACUUCAUGUCACCAUCCAGUCGCUGUUGGCACAUGACCAGCUUAGGCUUCAACAGAAACUUCGGAAAGCCUUUCACGAAGGCUGGCGGGAAGGCGAAAUUAACUUUCUGCCAACCUACAAAUACGACGUGGGCAGCGUGGGCAUGUUUGAUUCGGGAGAAAAGAAGAGAAGCCCCAGCUGGUGCGACCGUAUUCUGUAUCGCACUCGUCACGACAAAGAGCUGUACGAGGAGAAGGCUAAACAGCUCGAAGAAGCUCGCAAGAAAGACGAAUCCAUGAAAGCUCGAGGCAUCGACCAAGCCAAUGCUGAGCAGGACGUCUUGUUUGACUAUGAUCCAGAUACCGACGGUAUGGCCUACGGCGACGAUUAUGACGAAUACGACGAACGUGACGAUGAAUGCAAUGAUGCCGAAUUGGUACGUACGCAUGAAGACUAUGGCGACAUGAUUGAGCUCAACAGCUACGUCUCGCACCAACGGGUAUUAUCUUCAGAUCACAAGCCACUGGGAGCUGUCUUCACAGUGACUUACGAUGCAGUCAUACCUGAGCUAAAAGCUAAGGUAUAUCAAGAAGUGGCUCGAGAGUUUGACAAAGCCGAAAAUGAAGGCCGCCCGGCGUUGACAGUGGUAGUUGACCACCACUCCGAUGGACAAACAUCGAAUGCUGACGGUUCGGCAGACCUGAAUGCCGUAAGCUUUGAUGAUGUCCGGUAUGCUGUGAGAAAGAGAAGGGUAAUCACUAUUGCAAACACUGGACAGAUCACAGCAUCCUUCUCUUUUGCCGAGCGGCCUACGGGUUCAGGAAAGGAGACCUCCAUCGCACCGCGAUGGCUGGCAGUGAGGGCCGACCCUGAAAUAAUGCAACAGCCAGUUAAGGGGCCCCCUGACCCAAGAGGAUCAAUGAGCCUACUCCCCGGUGAAACCACGACCGUCGAAUUGCUGGUCAACAUCACUGAAGGCGAGUUAGUGAAAGCGCUGAACUGGGGACAGGAAGCACUCGAAGACGUAUUGGUGCUUAGAAUUGAAAAUGGACGGGAUCAUUUCGUGCCUGUAAAAGGUAACUGGCUGCCGUCUGUCUACUUUCGUUAUCUUGGCGAGUUGGUACAGGCGCCCGAGGGUGGCGCUCGUAAACUGCCGCUGCGAACAUAUUCUGGACAUAAUGAUCAAGCUUUCGCCAGUCAGCAUUCUGCCCCGAAGGAGCUAUAUGUUCUUACUGAGAUCAUCCCAGUAUAUGUCGAACGCUCGGUCGCAGAAUGGGGGAUGCUCCAUGACGGGGACACUCCACCUUGGCAAUACGAGAAUGUAGGCAUAUACUGGCCGUUCCACAAGGAAACAUGGACCUUCCACGAAGGUGAUGAACGAUCAGACAUGCUAGCAGCUGUCCGCGAGGCGCUCGACACCGCAAGUCCUCUCGAUGCUUGUCUCAAUUCCGAUCUGCCAUGUAUCGUCAGACUCGAAGUUUUGGCUGAGGUCUUGGUGUCGUUUCUCGCAUCCUUACAGGACGGCAUCAUUCCUGCAGAGGUGUGGUCCGAGGUGGAAAGUCGCCUGUCGACCAUGAAAAAAGGAAAGGUCGAGCCUCCCCCAGAAGAACUCCAAGAUACGGUCAUGGAUCCUUUGUUGCAUCAUCCCAUCCACAGCGUGUCCUUCACCUUCGUUACCUUCUUAUUGACCCGACUGAUCAGUGAGCUUGUACCCUGCGGUGCCCCAGUCGCUGAUCCAAUCGCACAUCCGGCCUCUCCUGAUCCUUCAAGACGCUCACGGGCAUCAACCGUGUCUUCUGAGUCGGGCACAGAACCCUCGAUAUACUCUGAGGAAGCACCGGGCAAGAAAGGGUUGUUUUCUGCACUCCGCCGUAGACGGGCCCAGAGUAUCUCCUCGGUCUCGGCCACUGGAACAGAGCAAGACACCGCAGAGCCUGAGCGACGAAGGAAGCUGAUUGGUUCAUUUGCCGAUAUAUUCGCACCCAUCGUCAUUCGCUCGGAAAACGACGACAAACUCAAGGGAAAGGACAAAAAGGCCUUGGACGCUCGCAAGAAAAGAUUGCUCGAGUCGUUCCUCGACACGAGGCAACCCUAG